AUGGACGGGUCUUCAAUCAACUAUGCGACAUCCAAGGAUUGGGUCGAUAUCAUGAAGAAUCGGUCAAAAGUGCGCAUGCAUGAGCUUAUAGAACGCCUGGGGCUUCGCGCCAAAUGGUCAUCUAACAAACGUGGCAAAACCAACUUUGAAUCCGCCCUGGUGCGCGAGCUGGUUGCGGAUAUGGGUGAUGUGGUCUCUACGCUACCGAAAGAGCCGGACGAGCUUAUGAAGUUCCUGAGUGCUGAGGGAAGUCUGAAAGAAGAGGUAGACGGUUUGCUUGAGAAACAUGGUACCAAGGUCUGGGGAAGAGUAGGGGAUCGCGAGCAUCUUAUCACAGCGAAUGAGCCCGGGGUGGAAGAGGGCGUGUAUCCCAGGGAUCUGUAUUUUGAGAAUGAUGAGGACAGAUCAUUAAUCCAUAAGCUCCUCCACUGGUGGAUAGGACUGAAAGCCUGCAACGUGAUCCUUGCACGCGAACGUCUUGAUCGCGAGAGAAGAAAGAAAGCAGAGAAUCGACAAGCACGAGCAGAGGCUGAGUUCUCUGGUCAACCAGAAGGCGGCACACCAGGGUCCUUUGUUGCACUUGCGCCCAACUCAGUCUUACAUGAUGGCGAUACGGGUUCACGUGGUAGUCCCAUGUCAUCAAGCGCAAUGCUCACACCUCCGGAAUCUGGUGAAAGUCCUACGAUACCACCACGAGAUGGGGGUGGCUUCAUGUCGGUCAAUGGUGGUGGGCAUGCGACAAACGGCAAUGCGGCUUUUUCCAAUGCAAACACAACUCAACCACAAGCUUCACGACAGCCACAAAAUCUUGUCGAGGGUAUCUGGAGCAAAUUCAUUCCUGAAGCCAGCAGGUCACCUAAUCAACCUUCGGCUUCAAUUUACCCUACUGAUAGCAAAGCAGCAGCACAACAGCAGAUUGCAAGCGCGAACCAAGCCGCUGUCGAUCGGCAAAUUAGUGUUGAUGUCGCGAAGCUGGUUGCAAGCAUCCGGACGGACGACGCAGCACCAGAAGAGAGACCGCAGCCGAGCAACAGCGUGCCUUAUCGUGGGCUCGACCAUGAAGGAUUAUGCGCGCUACGGCAAUACAUCUACGGAGAGGAUCGUGGAAUGUCUAUGGAAGAGGAGACUCUGCUGAACCUACUGGAGAGAACAUGGCGAGAAGGGGUGCGUGCAGACUACCAUAAAAUGGUUGAAAACAUUCCUGUGUUUAUCGCACGCGAACGAGCCUUCCUGACGUGGGUGGAGCUAAAGCGACAUAUGGCAGCUCUUCAACGGGCAAACGAGCGCUGGUCGGCAGAAGGCGGGUCGCGCGCCGAAAUUGAACGUCGCAUCCAACAACACAAGACGCUUAUGGGUUGCACUCAGACCAUUAUCGCGAACUUUGAAGACGUUGGCCAAGGUUUCGGCCUCGGCCCUAAUGUGGCGGUUGAUCGCGACGAAUUGUUGCGACAAGCUUUGGUGGUAUUAGCCGGGGAAAAGUAUGCGGUCGAGAUGCAGUGGAAGGCGGUCGAGUUUACUGCGACCAUGGCAUGGCUGCAUGAACACCUGGAGUUAUUCCGCAAGGACGAGGAUGAGGAGGGUAAGAGUAUGCUAUGGUACGCUGGGUAG